UCCCCCACCAUCUUCUCCACGAAUCCACUACCAAAACUUGCUCGAUUUUAAUACCUGCUCUGUAAAUCCUUCGCCGUGAAUUAGUUUCGGAAUUGAAAAGAUGCCGCCUGUUCGUGGUUCUGCUGCUAGAGAGAAGCAAAAGUGUAGUGAAUGCAUGCGACCAUACACAAUGCUAGAUAGGAUCCCCAAUCAAGUAAGGCACGCAAACAGAUUAGUAGGCGUAACUGACAUCGACUGCAUGCUAAACCUUCAAAUGGACCGCAAUACAUUUGGAAGACUAUGUCAGUUGCUAAAACAAAGAGGGGGUUUGACAGAUGUGAAAUGUGUUAGUGUCGAGGAGCAAGUAGCAAAGUUCAUAGGUCUUCUAGCCUAUCACAAGAACAGUAAGUUUGUUGAUUUCACCAUUGAGAAGUCAGAUCAGACUGUUCCUGACUACGUCCAUGAAGUUUUAAAAGCUGUUUUAAAGCUUCAUGAUAUCCUCGUGGUACAACCAGAGCCUGUGCCGGAAGAUUGUCUUGAUCCUAGAUGGAAGUGGUUUAAAGGUUGUCUGGGGGCGUUGGAUGCGGCGCAUAUAAAUGUACUUGUCGAUAAUGAAGAUAAGGGCCGAUACAGGAACAAAAAGCGGGAAAUUACUACAAAUAAUUUAGUGACGUGUGAUCGAAAUUUGAGAUUUGGUUACAUCCUAGUUGGUUGGGAGGGAUCAGCCAGCGACAUAAGGGUUCUCCGAGAUGCGGUCUUCAGGGACCAUGGCUUGAAAGUACCAAAAGGGAACUACUAUUUGUGCGACUAUGGGUACACAAAUAGCGAAGGCUUUUUGACACUGUACAAAAAGGUGAGGUACCAUUUGAAAGAUUGGGGUCCCGCUAUGGAUAUGCCUCAGCACGCCCAGGAAUUGUUCAACCUUAGGCACGCUAAAGCCCGCAAUACUAUUGAACGUGCAGUUACUGUACUUAAGAUGAGAUGGGGUAUAUUACGUAGCCCUGUUUUCUUCCCAAUCCAGGUUCAAAAUAGGCUCAUCAUGGCAUCUUUUUAUUUACAUAAUUUCAUUCGUGCCGAGAUGGAUGUCGAUCCUAUUGAGCAACGAUUGGGAGUUGGGCCAUGGGAAAGUGAUAACGAGGAAGCACAUGGUGACAUUCCGUUUGUUGAUGCAAUAGACCCUUCACUGGACUGGAAUCGGAAGAGAGAUGAAUUGGCAAAAGCAAUGUGGCUUCAUGGACAUGUAUGCGAGGUGUGACAGUUCGGACCUUGUCCCUGAGGCGAGGGAAGAUGCUGGUUCUGUGUGUUCUUGUUUUGGGCAAAUGGUGAGCCCCUUUUGAUGGUACUAGGAUUUCUAACAUAAAUAGGAGUAGUAGUUAAGGAGUGUGCUCAUUUUGUUGAAAUAUUUCUACAACAGUAUGUUUACUAUGCAUUUCUACAAACACUCUUAAUGCAUGGGUAUAGUUAGACCAA